AUGCACUUCCAUCAACUGCUUCCCAUCUUUGCUGCGGCGGCCCAGGCACUGCCGCAGUCGACUUCAGUCCGAUGCCGCGAGGUUCAGAUCCCAAUCACCGUUUCAACGCCUCGCUUCAUCGUGACUGCUGAUAUCCACGAUGAUUGGGAUGCCGCUGCUCUGACGCUCAACUUGACCCGUCGGGAUGUGACCACAUCUGCCGAUCCCCUUCCCAUCGAAGCAAACAUGUCCGAGCCUGUGAAAAGCACGUAUACCGUGGGAGCGACUUUGUGCGGCAAUGGAGGGCCUACGCUGGUGCUUACACAUGGAAUCAUUGAGUCGAAGCUGUAUUGGAACCCAAAGUUUCUUGGUAGUGAAAAGUACAAUUUUGUGGAUGCUGCGCUUGCCCAGGGCUAUUCGGUGCUCAGCUACGACCGCAUCGGCGUUGGAUCAUCACCCAAAGUCAACUCCUUGACAGACGCCCAAUUCCAAGUCGAAGUCGCCGUCCUCGAAGGCCUCGUCAACUACGCCAAGACCAAAGCCCACGCAACCCAGGUCGCCCUCAUAGGCCACAGCUACGGCUCCUACAUCUCCUCCGGCGCCGCCUCGCACGUUCCCGUCGACGGCCUCGUCCUGACCGGCUUCAGCGGCACCUUUGACUACUUUGCGCCCUUUGUCGCCGGCGCAGGUCUUCGAGUUGCGAAAACGCAGAACCCUUUUCGCUGGGGACACUUGGAUUCCGGAUAUCUGACUACGUCGGACCUGUAUGCCGAGACGUAUGUGUACUAUGCGGAGCCGCACUUUGAGCACACGGUUGCAGAGUAUACGUUUAAUGUUGCCAGUGAGCCUUUUGCUGUGGGAGAGCUUCCUUCGGUGCUUGCCACGACGGUCAACUACAAGGAUAUCAAGGCGCCUGUUCUUGUGCUGCAGGGACAGUUUGACGUUUCUGCCUGUGGUGGGAACUGUGUUGGUGUUGUCAAUGGCACCAAGGAGCUGUUUACGGGCGCAAAGGUUCUUGAAUAUGUGGACAAUCUUCCUGCUGGACAUAACCUCAACUUCCACAAGAUUGCUCCGCAAGCAUUCCAGAAGAUCUUUACUUUCUUGAAGGCGCAGGGACUGAAGCCAUAA